AUCCAUGUUAAAAAUACAAUGGUAGGACCAAAUAUGUAAAUUUGGAAAAACCACAAGGACCAAAUGUGCAUUUUACUCAAUUUCUUAAGUUGUUGAUCCUUGUUUAUUCAUUUCAAAAUUACCGUCAUCAAACAAAUUCAGUUUUGAGAUUUUGGCGACGCUACCGCAAAACCGCAGCCAUCGCCUGAGGAAAUCGAGUACAUAGAUCUUCCUUUUAGCCCUAAUCGAUUCGAUGAGGAAAGAUACGAUACACGAGUUGUUUACUAGGAGAUGACGGCGACUGAGAUUCUAAGCGGAGGUGGUAUUGAGUCUUUCUAGGGAUUUGAUGGGACGUGUUCCUGUUAAUCGUCAAUCAGGCCUCCAACAGAAAUCUCCAUCUGCUCAGCUUCCAUUGACCGAAGCUUCUCCUUCCUCCACCAGUCCACACAUCAGCUUUGAAUCAUCGCCGGCCACCAGAAGUUCAACCACUCCAUGCAGCGACCAGAGCAACAAAAAAAAUCGAGCUGUCCUCUGUCCGCUAUCUCUCGGGAAUGUAUAUGAUCCAAUAAAGAACAAGUUCAAUUUAGAAGAAGAAGAAUGGCAAAUGGAGAUUAAGUCGAACAAAUACGUGCAAACAUUGAGAACAGCUCCACUACUUUUUCCCGAUCUUUGCAUCCAAUUGUUUGAGGAAGUUGUAAAUGUAUUCUCUUUAACGAAUGUAUUCAAAUCAAGCAUGGAUAGCUAA